GAGAGCCAGAGACGUUCAUUUACCAUAUUCCAUCCCAACAUUUCGCAGUCCCGUAUCACCAUACAUGACCCAGCAUAAACUGCCUGCCAUCCACUGAACGACCUACCAUCGACGAUGCCAGUCCAAGACUCGAACCCCCAACCGGCCACCCUCUCCAAAGUUGCCCACCUCGAACACCCCUUCCAAAAGGGCAAGACGUGGGCUUACCAGGACGAUCUACCUAAACUCCCGGUACCCAAGUUGGAGGACACAUGUCGCAGGUAUCUGAGGGCCUUGGAGGGGUUGCAGGACCACGAUGAACACGAAAAGACGAAAAAGAUCGUAGAAGCUUUCUUGCAACAGGAAGGACCGAAAUGGCAGGAGAAAUUGAUAGCAUAUGACAAGACGGUGGAUAGCUAUAUCGAGGAGUUCUGGUAUGAGAGUUAUUUGCAGUUUCAGGAGAGCGUCGUCUUGAGCUUGAAUCCGUUCUUUGUCCUCUCGACGGACGUGACCCCGGCUCGCAAUAACCAACUCACGCGAGCAUCCACCCUCAUCUACUCGUCCCUCUGUUUCAUCCACGACCUCCACCAAGGCGUCCUCGAACCGGACACGAUCCGUGGCAAGGGACUGGACAUGUCACAAUACACGAGGUUGUUCGCUACCAGCCGAGUGCCGACAGAGAGGGGUUGCAGAAUUGAAAGACACGCGGGGAGUCAACAUAUCGUCGUACUUCGACGUGGACAAUUCUACUGGUUCGAUUGCCUUGAUGCCGACUCCCGUCCUUGUCUGAGCGAUAAAGAGAUCCUCAAAAAUCUCGAAUCCAUCGUCCUUGACGCCGACAAGACCUCUGUUCACGAGGUCGCUCAAAAUGCCGUCGGUUUGUUGACCACCGAGAACAGGAAGAUAUGGAACGACCUCCGUAACAAGAUCAGGAGUUCGAACGCCAACAACAAGGAAUGCCUGAGCGUGGUAGAUUCGGCGCUGUUUGUCGUCUGUUUGGACGAUGCCGAGCCGCAGGAUUUGGGCAGGCUUUGCGAGAACUUCUUGUGUGGGACUUAUGAGAUGAGUAAUGGGGUACAGAUCGGGACGUGUACGAAUCGAUGGUAUGACAAGCUGCAGAUCAUCGUCUGUGCCAACGGGGAGGCUGGGAUCAACUUUGAACAUACGGGCGUCGAUGGGCAUACCGUUUUGAGGUACUGCGCAGAUAUAUACACCGAGCUGGUUCUUUUGUACGCUAAGUCCAUCAACCCUUCCACGCCGUCCCUAUUCAAGGCCAAGCUCUCGCCUCAGAGCAAGUUUUACAAGCCGAAACCCGACGAAAAGGUCGAGACGGACGAGGACCUCGAACUCGUCCCCAAGAAGCUCACCUGGAAGCUCUCCCCCGAGCUCAAGGCGGGAGUUCGGUUCGCCGAGACGAGGAUCUCUGACUUGAUCUGUCAGAACGAUAGUCAGGCGCUCGAAUUCAAGGGCUACGGCAAGACGUUUAUCACCCGACAUAGGUUCUCGCCCGAUGCCUUUGUGCAGAUGGCCUUCCAGGCGGCCUACUAUGGACUAUACGGUCGAGUGGAGAGUACGUACGAACCCGCCAUGAUGAAGGGUUUCCUUCACGGACGAACAGAGUCCAUCAGGACUGUUCAGCCCGAGAGCGUACAUUUCGUAAAGACGUUCUGUUCCGAAGGACCGACCCAUGAUGCCAAGAUCAAGGCGCUCCGACAGGCCUGUAAGCGUCAUACUGAGCUCACUCGCGAGUGCAGCCAGGGUCAAAGUCAGGAUAGGCACCUAUACGCCCUGUCAUGCUUAAUCCAAAGGGAGAUAGAAGAGAGCAAGGAAAAGGGAGACGUCAAGAUGCCCGAGCUGUUCACCGAUCCGGGGUACAGCUUGUUGUCCACGUCGGUAAUCUCGACCUCAAACUGUGGUAACCCUGCACUCAGACUCUUCGGUUUCGGUCCUGUGACUCCGGAAGGUCACGGUAUCGGCUACAUUAUCAAGGACGAAGGCAUCUCAGUUUGCGCUUCUUCGAAACACCUCCAGACCCGCCGAUUCUUGGAUACCCUCCAAUCUUACCUGUACGAGAUCCAGCGGGUCUUGAUACAAAAUUGGAAGGAUAACAACCAGGCUUCGAGCUCGACAUACGUCGAUCACACCGGAACUUUGCGGGAUACUAAGACGGACAAGGCGAUCGAGGAACGGACGCACGAGGGUCAAGACAGUGCGGAAGAUUCAAUGCUCAGCGGAUUCGGCUUUUACGAUGCAGGGAUUGAUGCCGUCAAUACCCAUCGAAGCCGAAAGCACCAUGCAGUUGGACGUACACUCCCCUCAUCAGACUACUAGUUGGAACCCAAUGCCAUUGUCCAUUCGGGAUCAGGAUUGUUAUCGCGAUCGUACUGUAUAUAUAGGCA